AUGCCUCUGAACCCCUCGGCCACCUUGGAUCCCUCUGCUUCUCACACACACGCCCACGAAGCCAGCUCCACCACAGCCAACCCCCUCCGACCCGUGCAGGAGGUUGCUGCAAGCUCGCUUGUCGAUAGCGUAUCAUCUCAGUACGCCUCGCUCCUCGAUCCUCUCAAGCGAUCUGCCCAGCCCAACUCCAACCACAGCUUCACCACUUCCGCCCUGCAGCGUGCCGGCUUGCUUCCUGCAGACCAAGCGUCGCUCAAUCAUCAUCCCACCAUGUCUCACAUCGCUCCCUCGGGCGCUUCCGCCGCCUCAGAGAACCUCCAGAGAGUCAUGGGUCACUCGGCUGCCGCUACCAACGGCGCUUCCACCCCCGCCCAAGCCGGCCCUUUGACCCCUGCCAUUCUCAAGACCAUGACCCCGGCUCAGGCUAAUGCCGCCUUGCAAAACCCCGUCGGCAACGUCCCUACUGUCUACCUCGCCACCUACUCAAACGUUCCCGUCUAUGAGAUCACCGUCCGCGGUAUUGCCGUCAUGCGACGACGCGGUGAUGGCUGGCUCAAUGCCACCCAGAUCCUCAAAAUCGCAGGUAUCGAAAAGACCCGUCGAACCAAGAUCCUCGAAAAGAGCAUCCUCACAGGCGAACACGAGAAGAUCCAGGGAGGAUACGGAAAGUUCCAAGGCACUUGGAUCCCUUUGCAGCGAGCUCAAGAGGUCGCAGCCGAGUACAACGUCUCACAUCUCCUCCAGCCGAUCCUCGAGUUUGACCCCGCCACCGCCGAUCAGAUCCCCAAGCUCUAUCAGCGCAAGAAGCCCGCCAACUCCGGUCGCAACUCGUCUGCUUCCGCCAUCAACGAUGGAAGAGGCUCGACGCCGUCGAAAAACUUCUCGCCCGCUCCUUCCAAUCUCGGAGGCCCCAGCCAGCAACCUCGUUUCCUCUCCUUGCGACCGCCUAAGGAUGCCCAACAGCGCGAAAUGUCGCCGGCCCUCUUCAUGCCGCCUGGCGCCAGCGGUCUUCUCGGCAACGGCACUUUUGCCAAUGAUGUCGGUGUGGCACCGCCAGGGCCUCACGCUAUCCCUCCUGGCUCGAGUCUGGCAGAACAAGAAGCACUUCGCAGCUACAACGUCUAUGGCUAUACACCGCAGGGUGUGCCACUGCCCUCAUCGGCGGUUGCAGACAAUGGCAUUGCUACGCCUCCUAUUGCUGCGUCCGCCUCUGCUGCUGGCGACAAGCGAGCCGUUGAAAACGAUCAAGAAGGCGCUGCUGCUUCCAAACGGAUGCGAUUGGCGAGCCCGCAACAGCAGACCCAGUCUUCGGGUCUCUUGCUGGGCCCCUCGCCCGUCAAGGAUCUCAACGCCCUUGGUCCUGCUGGUGGGUCGUUGCGGGCAGCUUCGGCGCCUCGUGGCCACCGUAUGGCCGUCGGUCCCCCCGACGCUGCCGGUCGAGAUGGUACUGUGCCUCGCUACGCCGACCGCGCUCUGCCUCCCAAGCCCUACGACGAAGGCGAAAAGCGUAUGCGCGAUCGCCUUGUCAGUCUGUUCGCCGAUGACGACGUGCUUCAGAGCGCCGGCGAAGCUGCUGCGCCUACAUCGGCGUCUCCUGGUGCCGCUGCCGCAUCAAAGGCGGCAGCCGGCGCUUCGCUCGCAGACGAGGGCGAUGAUGCCUACGUUGCCAAGCUCGACAACUUGCUUGCUGACUUGAGGGAAAAGGCGAGCCUGGGCGGUCUCGGCGCCAGUGGCUCCGAUGGACCCAAGGCCACUGUCGAUCUGGUCACCGACGACCAUGGACACACUGCUCUGCACUGGGCCUCCGCUCUCUGCCGUCUGCAACUUGUUCGCACUCUCGUCGCCCGCCCUCCUUGGCAGGGCGGCGCCAACGUUCACGCUGGCAACCACGCAGGUGAGACCGCUCUUCACCGCUCUGUGCUCGUCACCAAUUCGUACGACGCCUCCUCCUUCCCCGUGCUACUCGAUCUUCUCGCACCGUCGCUCAACACGCGUGACUUCAAGAAGCGCACCGUCUUGCACCACAUCGCGCUCGUCGCUGCACUCAAAGGACGCGCUGCCUCGGCGAGAUACUACCUCGCCUGCGUGCUCGAGCACAUUGGUGCCGAGAAAAGCUCCAAAUACAAGGGCCUUAUCGAUGCGCAGGACGAAGACGGCGAGACGGCACUGGGCAUUGUGGCACGCCUUGGCAACGCCAGCAUGGUGCGCAUGCUUCUCGACGUCGGUGCUCGCAAGGAUCUGGCAAAUGCGCUCGGCAUCCGACCCUCGGAUUGGGGCAUCGAGUCGAGCGGCGAUGCUUCGUCGCAGUCGCAGCAGGACGGUGCUUCCGUUGCUGGUGCCAGCACUGUUUCGUCCCUGCCGCCACUGACAGCGUCCGACCUCGCCUCGCAGAAUCCUUCGGAUAUUAUCUCGGCCUUGACGCGACCUGCUCAAGUGCCCGUGAUGAAGAGCUCCGACGUGCGCGACCAGCUCAGCUCGACGCUCGACGAUCUCCAGUCGACGUUCGAGCGCGAGAUCAAGGAGAAGCAAGAUGCCAUCUCGACGGUCCAAAGUCAUCUUCAGGCGGCUACGCGGGAUCUCGCCUCGCGUCGCAAGACGGUCUCUGCUGCCCAGGCCAAGCUUGCUGAGAAAGACGAGGCUCGUCAGCGGGUGCAGAACCUGCGUCGUGCCAUCGUUGCUCAGCUUGGGCUGGACGAGGCUGACGGAGCAGUCAAGGUGGACGAGCUCGUUGCGGAGGCAGCCGCUGCUGCGCCAGGGGACGCAAUGGACGUCGAUGGCGCGGAAGACGUCAAGCCAGUCCUCACCACCGAAUCGCUCAUCGACGACAUCCUCUCCCCUCACACCAUCGAGUCGGACCUCAACCUUCUCGGCGUCACCUCAACACCGACGCUUGUCGAACAGGAACAGCUCAUCCGUCUUCGCUUCCUCCUCGCCCACACCCGUUCCACCUGCGACGCAUUCACCACCCAAAUCGCCACGAUGGACGAUUCAUCCGCCAAAAAAGAGUCGCAAUGCCAACAAGUCGUAGCGAUCUGCGCCAACAUCCCCCAGGACAAAGUCGAGGGCAUGCUCGACGAGCUCCUCACGGCGAUGGAGAGCGAUGGGCCCGACGUGGACCUGGCCAGAGUGGCGAACUUUAUGCAGAAGGUCGGCAAGGGCGAGAACGGAGACCAGCUGAGCUCGAGUACGAGUCUCAGCACUACUGUCGAGAGCGUCGAGACGAUGGCGAGCAGUACCGUGCCACCGAAGGACGGAGAGGGGGGAAAGUGA